AUGUCCGAAUCCGACUCCGACCGCGCUCCCGCCGACGAGAGCGACGACGAAGUCAUGUAUCCGCUAGAAGGCAAAUACAAAUCCGAAAAGGACAAGGCGGAGAUCAUGCAGAUGUCCGAGAUCCGCCGCGAGGAGAUCCUCGCCGAGCGCGCCGCUGAAGUGGAGCGAAAAGCCCAGGACCUGCAUCUCCGCCGCCUCGUUCAGGACCGUGAGCGCCACGAAGCGAAGAACGCGGAGAAGAAGAAACGCAAGGCUGCUGCUGCAGAUCUGGAUGACGGUCAGCGUAAGAGUAGCAGGCAGAAGACGAAGGCGAGUGAGCCGCUGGAGGCGUACAAGAGGCAGCGCGAGCAGAAGAACGCGUCACGGAGGCGGCAGGAUGAUCGAAAAGACCGUGAUCGUAGGUCUGGCUCGCGCGAUGGAAGAUCUGACGUCGAUGCCGAAGGGGAGAGUGAGGUUGAGUGGGAUGAUCGCCCGGCCCCUCCUGUGCGUGAAGAGCCCCCGGCGGAGCUCAAAGACUUUGAGCGUGUCAGAGUUGGUAGAUCUUAUUUCGCGAGGGUCUGCUUCUACCCUGGAUUCGACGAGGCUAUCAGUGGGUGCUACUGCCGUGUCAGCGUCGGCAUCAACAGGGAAACGGGUCGACCUACGUACAGGAUGGCGCGCAUCAAAGGCUUCACCGUCGGCAAACCGUACCCCAUGCAAGGACCAAACGGAAAGCCCUUCAUGACCGACCAGUAUGUCAUCGCAGCUCACGGCCCGCACGAGAAAGAAUGGCCCUUCGUCGCCUGCUCCGACUCCAAGUUCACAGAGGCAAGCCUAUUCAAACUCGACAAACUCAAGCGCACCCUCUCAGCCGAGAACAUGAAGCCCCCCACCCGGACCGCCCUCUUCGCAAAAUGCGACGACAUCAACGCCCUCAUAAACCACCAAUGGAGCGCCGCAGAGAUCCAGACCAAAAUCGAGCGCCAGAACAAGCUCAUGCACCUACUCCCCACCAAAGCGCCCUCCUCGGACAACCCCAACGGCCUCUCAAAGGCCCAGAUCCAGGCCCAGAAGCUCGCGGAGCUCAACCGCGCCAACCGCAAGGCUAACGCCGAGGACAUCCGCAAGGCGCAGAUCGCGGAACGGAGGCGCGAGCAGGAGGCCAGGGCUGCGGCGGCGGCGAGGAGGAAGGCGCAGAUGGAGGAGGAGGCCAGGGUCAAGGAGCAGAGGCUCCUGGCUGCGCCGGGGAGGGAGCUGGAUGAGCUGUUUGGGAGCGACAUCAGCAGGACGGGCACGCCGGCCAAUGGUGGUGUCGGGACACCGAAGAAGAGAAGCGGUACUCCCGCCAAUGGUGGCGAGAAGAGAGAGAAGAAGACGGGGAUCCCGACGUUUAGGAAGAGGAAUAUGGAUGAUGACGUUAUUGCUUCGAUGGACUUGGGGGUUGAUAUCGAGAUUUGA